AUGGCAUUCUCGGAAGGAACCCACGUAACAUUCACAAACUCCACCGGCGGCGAGGAAGUCGGCGUCGUUCAGAGCCACUCCGGCGGCCAAUACACCAUCCAACGAAAAAACGGAUCCACAGUAACCGUCUCUGAAGGUUCUGUUAAGGAACUUAAGGUCACAUCCGGCCAGAAGGAUAACUGUCCUGUUGUUGGAACUGCUUAG